UUCGCUCAAUUUUCUCUUUAUUUUAUUUGAAUCGUUUCAAUCGCACUCCACCGGCUCCAGUAAAUUUUAGCCUUUGUGUCGUGACAGUUGAUUUUAUAUUUUUGAAAAAAUUUGAAUUUCAUUUUACUAUUUUGUUCACCGUUUUAUUUGAUAAUGUGUUCCACCAAUUUAUCGAUUGACAUUCCAUUCAGCAUGCCCGUCAUAACACAUCAAGCAGCGGGCAUAAUAUUACGAACAGUCAUCGAAUUUCUGGCGUUCUACAAAAAGCAGAUACCGUUCCCGUACGAUACGUUUAAGCUAAUGACUGGCAAGAUAAGGAAACAGAUUUCGAACGACAGUUCCAGUGAUGAUUGGCUGCAGAUGCAAAUAGAGCGACAGCAAGCGCUUGCCAUAGAAACGUUUGAUAAUUUUAAAGUUAUGCUUGAGAGCAUAACUAAUCAACUAGAGAAGAUGGAACUUAACCAAGCUGUAAUACUUUUCGGAGCAACGUCACUAACACCUAAAGAAGCAUUCCUAAUAAACAUUCCACCGAUCACCAAAAACCAUCACUACAUAAAUCACCAAGAAUCCGUUCAACGCAUAGCACGAACCAUUACAAUGUCCAUUUUAACGUCUCAAAAAUUCUACGAAAUCGAAAGCAAAUUGGCCACAACCAACAUGUUUGUGUUACUUCAUCCAAAAGUAGCACCUUCAGAGACUGACGAUUCGUUUCAGUUGACCGAGGACUUUCGACUGCCUCGCAGCUGCAAGACUGUUAUCCUGAAUCUGCAAAAUAUUUCCAAUUCAAUUAAGGCGAACUGCUGCGAACACUUGGUUGUGUACGACGAUCUCCUGACGGAUUACGGUAAUUUGAGUGUUACGGAUGAAAAAUUGGUACCAGGGGAAGAUGAAGAUGUGAAUGAAAUAAAUGACGAUUCGACUGACAAAGGUGCGACGAGCUGGUACAAUUCAACGGUAUUUGUGCGCGGUUUUAAAGAUGUUUUGGUCAAGGGUAAAAGUAUUUGGAAUUGUUGAAAAUAUAUUAUUUUAACGAAAACAU